CCUUAGGUGGGAUUUUAUUGUGGUAGUCAGAGCGAGUCAACACCACAGCCCAAUGAGUCCAAACCCUAAAUAUUGAUCACCCACUUCUUCUCAGCGCUGCUACCUCUUCUUCCAGUUCUCUCUUCUCAAAUCUUCUUCCCGUUCUCUUUAAUGUCCCUCCGGCCUAACUACCCUCUGGACGACGAACGCUUAGUUGAGCCUAGCGAUGAUCGACGACGGUCUCAUAUUUAUCUACUCAUGAUGGCGGCGAAGAAUUCCAACUUCCAUGCGCGCGACGACGGCGACGAAGGAGCUCUCCAACUUCCAUGCCUCUUUAGAGUUUGCAUGCUCCCUCUCUUGCUCGAUCUCCCCUUCCCGUGACUCCAAUCGCCAAAUGACCCCGACUCGCCUUGUCGCCUCCCGGCCACCAUCCGCCUUAUCAAUGUCGAUUGCAUCUCUCUCUGCUUGCCUCUCCGAUCGAGGCCACCUCCGAUUGGGCAACAUUUUAGGAGGGUCGGGAGUUCCGGUGUCGACAUAUGGUACUGCGCCGACACUGCUUUGCAAGCAUCACUGACACAGCAUUCCUCCAACUUCCAAUGCUGCCAUCAUCGUUUGUAGAUCUGAAAAGAAAAGGGAGAAGAAUAUAAAGGGAAGGAUUGUGAGGAUAAGUGGGAUUGAAGUCGCGAAAUGGCGGAGAGGUCAAAUAAGAAUUAUGCUAGUCGGAAGAAAACGACUUUGUUUUGAGCAGGAAAUAGCUUCAUUCGGUUUUUGGGUUGAAACUGGACCGGACCGGAUCUCAUACAGGCCGAUUUUGGUUAAAACCAUAUUCAAUCCAAUCCCGUCUUUGGUUGUGGUAUUGAGCAAAAUGGUUUUAAAAAACCGGGUUAAUUCGGUCCAGUUUAACUGGACCGAACCAUUUCUCACCCCUAGUGUCAAGCACAAAGAAAAAAUGAGAGGAGAAGCUUACCAGAGGGGUAGGAGUUUUCAAUUUUGUGAGGGAAGAGUAGAAUAAGACGAAUGAAGUCGAUAACGUUGAAGACGGAUGAAGCUCAAGCUCUCAAAACAAGGGGCAACUCAAUGGUGUUGUUAGAACGGAUUGGAAAAUCGACACCGUUAGUAAUCUAUCUUCCAAUUGACGACUGAUAAUCUGUCUUCAAGUCAUAGCGAUAGAUCGUGCCAUGCCAAAACCCUUCUCCUUGCAUCGUGUCUCACUAUACACAAUGACCAUGGGCAUACCAGACCUCAAAGUCCCAACUGAAGGUCAGGCACCUUGCUGAAAAAGUGAGGUUUCAGGCGCCCUAUCAAAGGUUAGGCCCCUCGACAAAGGAGCGAGUUGCCAGGCGCCCCACUGAAGGUUAGACACCUCCCUGAAGGAGUGAGGUGUCAGGCGCCUAACUGCAGGUCAGGCACCUCGGCAAAGGAGCGAGCCACCAGGCUCCUCGUUCAGUUUGGGUCUUAAAGAAACUAACAACAAGCUGGGUGACAAGUGCUUAGCCAAAGCAUCGAAUCAAGCACUCUUCUAAAAGAGCACAAGUAAUCGAAAUAAAAAUGGAGCAACUCAGACAAUGAAUGGAAAGCGGGAUUAACAGGGGGCAUCUUUUGGCAAAAAUAAGAAAAUGAGAAAAGAGCUCUAGGCGCUCGUUUCAAAUGGGCAAGGUACAAAGUGUUUAAAGGAAAACUGAUAAGUUUGUUUCAAUUUCAUUUGAUUGUCAAGAUAGAUUGAAUCAUCUUAAACGAUUUAAAACGCUCAAAUAGUUGGAAGAAGAUCAUAUCGGCAGAGCAUAGGAGCUCCUUACAAGAUGUUAGUCGCAUCCUCUAAGAUGCAAGAGCAGGCACUCGGGAAAUAAUUGAUGAGAAAAGGAAGAAUACAAGCGUCAGGUGCUUGAUAAAAGGGGCAUGAUUGCUUCUUCAGCUAGUCUCCGUUACUUGAGACAUGUGCUUAUUCUUUCUCAUUUUACUGCAUCUUGUUUGGAAGCAAGCACACCCUCGAGGGUACGCAAGCGCUCAACAGAUCAGAAGAUCGAUAAGGGAAUGAAGCACUCACUUGAAAGGAAGAGCCUGGUGGCGAUUAAGUAAAGAAAGAGAGCUGGCACUUGAUUGAGAAGACGAGAAAGCAAGGUUAGCGAAAGACUCUUUAUGUUGACGCAACCAUGAUACUCAUACCGACGCCAAAGAGGCAAUUGAUAUGGUAUGAAAGUAAAGCCUAAUACUUAGAGAAGGUCCAUAAGAAGAGUCCAAGAGAAGCCAAGACAUAGGGGCAAAAUCAUAGAGACUUACAUCAUCAGAGGGAGAAGACAAGAAUAAGAGACAAGUUGGCAC